GAGAAGCAGUAAUCGGAAGUGCGUACUGCGUAAACUGCUUCCUGUUGGAUGUUUAUGUGGAAAAGCGGCACACUUUCUGAUUAAAUCUUGAGUAUUUGGGGUUAUGGAUAUCAUCAAAGCAGAGAUCGCGAGGAAAAGAAAACUCAUACAGGAGAAGGAGCUCAUAGACGACUCAAAGAAAUACUUCAAAAGGGCUGAUCUCGCGCGUAAGGAAGAGGAAGAAUACUAUAGGAGAUGUGGAUACAAGGUUUCUAAUGAGCAGCCUGUGAGACAGCUUGACAAGACUGAGGAUGAGGAGCCUCCAUCUACAUCAGCCAAUCCUGCAUUAGAACUAGAGCUCACGGAGGAGAAACUGCCAAUGACGCUCUCUCGACAGGAGGUGAUCAGACGUCUGAGGGAACGAGGUGAGCCGAUCCGUCUGUUUGGCGAAUCCGAUUAUGAUGCUUUCCAGAGACUCCGCAAGAUUGAAAUCCUAGCACCAGAAGUAAACAAGGGAUUGAGGAAUGAUUUGAAGGCUGCCAUGGAUAAGAUCGAUCAGCAGUAUCUGAAUGAGAUAGUCGGUGGAACCGAGGGUUCAGAAGUGGACACACAGCACGACCUCAAAGUGCAUGAGGAAAAUACCACCAUUGAGGAGCUGGAGGUAAACCCACACACACAGGGAACCCACAAUGCUCUGGGAGCAUCUCUUGGCACUGGUGAUGAUGUUCGAGACAUGGACAUCAUAAAUAAAGUACUGAGGUUCUUGCUGGGCGUGUGGGCUAAAGAUCUAAACAGCCGAGAGGACCAUGUGAAGCGUAGUGUCCAGGGCAAGCUCGCCAGUGCCACCCAAAAGCAGACUGAAUCUUAUUUGGAACCUCUUUUCAGAAAACUACGCAAGAAGAAUUUACCAGCAGACAUUAAGGAGUCCAUUACAGACAUCAUAAAGUUCCUGCUGGAGAGGGAAUAUGUUAAGGCAAAUGAUGCUUAUCUGCAGAUGGCUAUAGGAAACGCUCCAUGGCCCAUCGGUGUGACCAUGGUGGGUAUCCACGCUCGUACUGGACGUGAGAAGAUCUUCUCCAAACAUGUCGCCCAUGUGCUCAAUGACGAGACACAAAGGAAAUACAUUCAGGGGCUGAAAAGACUAAUGACAAUCUGUCAGAAACAUUUCCCAACAGAUCCCUCAAAGUGUGUGGAGUACAACGCUCUGUGAUGUACACAUCACAGCAUUCAAAGUCAUGUUGUCUGUCACUCGCUCAUGUUGUAUAUAACUUAUUGAUUGUAAAUAUUACCCCCGUUUUGAGAACAUUUGGAUCUCUACAGCAGUAGUUUUCAAUUCUGGUCCCGCUCUGCACAUUUUGUAUGUCUCCCUUAUUUAACAUACCUGAUUCAGAUCAUCAGCUUGUUGGGUGAGAACUCCAUGAACUGAACUGAGUGUGUCAGAUAAGAGAGACAUACAAAAAGUGCAGAGCAGUGGGUCCCUAGGAUUGAAAAUCAUUGCACUACAGUGUUUUUUUUUUUUUUUUUUUAAAUAAAAGCUGAUGUUACUGUA